AUGAAUAUCUCCACGUAUCUCCAGCAUUUUGAGGACAGUUUGUCUUCAUACACAGGAGACGAUCUUCUGGACCCAUGGGGCAGGUUCGUGGAGCUCCUGGAGCAGAAGGUUCCUGCCGGUGGCGGCGAGAUGCUGCAGGUGUUCAACGCUGUGGUCCAGAGGUUUCUGGGUGUGGAUCAAUAUGCAAACGACAUCAGAUACGUCAACCACUGCAUCCGAUGUGCCAGUUAUCACCCGGACCCCGUGGCUCUGUUCAGUCUGGUCUUCAGUAAAGGCGUCGGCACCAGAACCGCGGCGCUCUACGUGGCCUGGGCUCAGCAGUUGGAACAGAGAGGAAUGAAGGAGCAGGCGGACGCCGUGUACCAGAGAGCUGUGGAGAACCAGGCCCAGCCGGCCCACACCGUCCUCCACGAGUACAGGCAGUUUCAGAGCAGAACCAGAACCCAGCUGCCGGUGUCAGCAGGAAGAACUCUGCUGCAGAACUCCCAGCUGACCAAUCAGAUGCCGUCCCGCUCCGCGGAUCAGAACCAGGCGUCCGAGUGUCCGCUCGAUGCUCCUGCAGACAGAAUGGUCAACAUAGUGUCCCGCUCGGAGACGUCAGGAAGCCUCCCCCACGGUCAGAGCUGCAGCCUCCACACGGUCUCUGAGUAUACGAAGGAUGCUCUUCUCUGUGACGGAGCAGAGACGUGCUUCGAGGAGGUCCGAGCAGACCGGUACUUCCGACAGCUGCGGGAGAAGCAGAAGAAGGAGCAGAGAGAAACCAUGGAGCUGCAGCUGAGGCAGCAGGAAGACCGAGUCCACAGGAUGAAGUGUUUGGUGAAGGAGGCCGACCAGGAACUGGAAACCCAGGUGGGUUUAAUCGGCCAGUCCUCGGCAGGUGUGCCGUUCGCAGCCGAAACAAACUCCACCACCGCCCAGAUCUUCGCCCAUCCUCGACCCGCCAACCGUCUGAGCAGCCGGCGCUCCCUGGGCCUGAGGCUACACGCCGAGCCCACCUUCGUCCACAGAGCCCCCUCUUCGGUCCUGCCCGGCAGGGAACCAGAACCGGUCGUCGAGCCGCCCGUGAGCUCGGAUCAGAUGAACGUGUUCCUCGUCAGACGCCCUGAUGUUCUCCAUGAGAGCAGUGAGAGCCACGGAGCCGCCGGGCCCAGCGCCACACAUCUAGACAGAAGUCUGGUCCCUGAGCCCGAGGACAAACUAGACGUGUCCCAGGGAGGGACGGCCAAUGUGUCCCACGUCACCCCCAACACGUCCCUGGGCUUCGUUCAGGCCACGCCCUCGCGGGGGCUGCCGUCGCCCACCGUCAACACGCGGGAGGCCCUGGGUGUGAUCAUGGACAUGUUCCAGGCCCCCACGUUCCUGGAGGAACCGUUCAGCGGCACGUCGGCGCUCCACGAUGCAGAGAAGAACCGGGCCGGUGGUAAGUACGGUUUUUGUCCUUCACCUGCCCCUCCAGGAGAAGUCUGCUCGGCCCCCAGGCCCCCCACCACCGCCCCCUUCACCAUCUACCAGGACGAGGACCAGGAGAACUGCAGUUCUGCUGAUCCGGUCCAGAGACCAAAACCCGUCCAAGCUCUGGCUGAAGUGGGCGUCCUGAAGGUGGACAGACCCAACGAGACGGGCCCGGACCUGAUACCGGAUGAAAGCACCAUGUGGGGACCUCGCUACAACUCUCUGGUCACCUGUCCCAACAGCACCACGGACUUCGCCCUGCUGGCCCAGUUCGUCUCCACCCCCUUCACCCACAAAACCCCGUUCAACAGCAACUUCUACCAGGACCAAGACGGUGACGGAGCCGAGGAGAACGUUUUCAUCCAACGUCAGACCAAAAAGCUGAGCCCCAUCAUGGAGCAGAGUCCCAGUGACGUCCGGGAUUCUGGGUCGGCCGUGGCCCAGCUGCCCCCCUCCGUCAGACAGGGGACCAUGGUGGGCGAGGGGCUCACCUCCACCACCCUGGUCCAGCCCCACCCUGCUGUCCUGUCCUUCAGGGACCAGACCCUCUAUCCCACCGAGUCCUCCAGGUCAGCUGGACCUGGACUGGAGGUCUGCUCCCAGCAGGACUCAGUCAGACCCAGAACUGAGUCGUUUAAGAUCCUGGAAGAUUUUCAGAAAUCAGCCGGCCCAGAACCGGACCAGAAGCUGGACUGUGACGUUCCCAUGAGUCCUGAGUGUGCCCCCAAGCCCAGCUGGCUCCAGGUUCGAAGCUCCGAGGACACAGCUGAGCAGGACCUGGCUGCACGCCUGAGUCCCUGUCCCCCCAAGACCGCAGACACGACCUCCACCAGAACCCUGGACGUCCCCAUGAGUCCAGAACAACCAGGGCUCUGUGCUGACGUGCCCAUGAGCCCGCAGCAGAACGACGCCGUAGACGAACCCAUGACGAUGAGUCCAGAUCGAGGACCGAGGCCUGCCGAUGGGGUACAGCUUGUCCCCGAUCCCUGGGACAACAACCUGAUCUCAGAUCUGCUGGACCAACUCAGCCCACCUCUGACCUCUGACCCCCACUGCUUCACCUGGCAGGGCAGCAUCCCCAAGAUCUCCCCGAAGGUCACCAUCAUCAUUGGAGAGGCGUCCCUCAGGGUCGACUGCGUCCUCGGAAAAGGAGCGUUUGCAACAGUUUACCAGGCGACGGACCCCGUGACGUUGGAGAAGGUGGUUUUAAAGGUCCAGAAACCAGGCAACCCCUGGGAGUUCUACAUCAAAACUCAGCUGGACGCUCGGCUGCAGCCCCGCCUUCGUCACCUGUUCAGCGGCGUCCGCUCGGCUCACCUGUUCCACGAUGGCAGCGUUCUGCUCGGCGAGCUGCACGCAUGCGGCACCCUGCUGAACGUUGUGAACAUCUACAAGUCGCAAGGAGCCAAAGUGAUGCCUCCGCCGCUCGUGCUGCACUUCGCCGUCUGCAUGCUGCACAUGGUGGAGCAGCUGCACGCCGCCCACAUCGUGCACGCCGACAUCAAGCCCGACAACUUCCUGCUGGGAGACAGGUUCCUGGAGACGGAGUGUUUGGACCUGGACAGCGUGGACCACGGCCUGGUCCUCAUCGACCUGGGACAGAGCAUCGACAUGAAGCUGUUCCCUGAAGGCACCGCCUUCACCGCCCGCUGUCUGACGUCGGGCUUCCAGUGCACCGAGAUGCUGAGCGGGAAACCGUGGACGUAUCAGACGGAUUACUUUGGGCUGGCGGGGACCGUGUUCUGCCUGCUGUUCGGCUCGUACAUGCAGGUGAAGGAGGUGGGCGGAGUCUGGAGGACGACUGGCGUCUUCAGGAGGGUCCCCCACAGCGACCUGUGGCUGGACUUCUUCCACACGCUGCUCAACGUGCCGGACUGCGGGUCGCUGCCGAGCCUCCAGAACCUGCGCCAGAACCUGACGUCCGCCCUGCAGCAGAACUACAGCAACAAGCUGCUGGCGCUGAAGAAGCGUCUGGUGAUCCAGCUGCUGGAGCACAAGUGA